AUGAAGACUGUGACUCAGUUUUCAAAGUGCUAUGAGAUGUUGGUAAAGGAAUUUAUUGUUAAUUUGUAUGAAGAAUGUGUUGAUGGCAAGUCUAAGGAAUUCAGGAAAGUGUAUGUGAGAGGCAAGUGUGUAAAUUUCUCUCCUUCAGUGAUCAACAAGUAUUUGGAAAGGCCUGAUGAAGCUCAACCUGAGAUUGAGGUGACUGACAACAAAAUCUGUCAAGUCAUCACUGCUAAUCAGGUAAGGAAGUGGCCUCUCAAAGGAAAAUUGGUGGCAAGUAAACUGAGUGUCAAGUAUGCAAUGCUGCACAAGAUUGGAGCUUCUAACUGGGUGCCCACCAAUCAUAAAUCUACAGUUACUGUAAUGCUUGGAAAGUUUAUAUAUGUUGUUGGAACCAAAACCAAAUUUGACUAUGGCUCCUAUAUUUUUUAUCAAACUUUGAAGCAUGCAGGAAGCUUCAGUGUGAAGGGUCCUAUAGCCUUUCCUUCUCUCAUCUGUGGUAUUGUUUUGAAUCAGUUUCCAAACAUCUUAACUGAGAAUGAUUCUGUGAAGAAAAGAGACAGCCCUAUGUCUUUCAAUCAUAAGUUGUUCCUAGGUACCCAUGUCCCUGACAUUGUCAUGGCAUCAGGUGAGCCAUCACGUGUAAGCAAUCAGCCAGGUAAAGUUGUUGUCAUUGCAAUGCUCAAAGAAACCUGCAGGGAAUUAGAGGCAAGGAAGCUGAACUUGGAAAAAUUGAUUAGCUCUUUGGAGAUGACUGAAGGUGAUGUGCUAGCCGAUGGUGGAGAAUUUGGUGAAGCUGUUGCUGUUGCAGAAGAAGCUGAAAGACAAGGUGAAGAGGGAGAAGCAGAUGCCAGUCCUGAUGAUGGCACAUAA